UUUAGAUAUGAACUGGAAUCUCUGGAACAACAAGUUUUUUUUUUUCUUCAGCUGACAUAAAAAAAAACAGUGAGCAACACACCUUGUUCUUUGGAAUUUCUACACUACCUUGGAAGCUUGACACUCACAGACACUUAAUCUGAACCUCACGAUGACCGCAGCCCUGAACAAAGUUCUGAGGAAGCCCCUGUCCAACCUCACGGAUGCUGACUUUAAGAGGUUUAAGCACUGCCUACGAGACCAGGAUGAUAAGUUUGAAUGGAAUUCGUUGGUGAAGGCCGACAUAGACGAUACCGUGGACAUGAUGGUGGAUCUGUGUGGCAACAGCCGUUGUGGGGGCGUCAUGGUGGCCAUCUUGCAGCAGAUGAACCACAACCAGCAGGCCAUGAACCUGGAGAAGGAUCUGACAAAAAUGGGGGUUCAGUCAUCUAACCCGUUGCAGGCCGGAGGAGGAGGUGGGGUCAACGUGAACGUGGCGGCUCACUCUGGAGGGAUGGUGAACGGAGGAGUGCCCAAUGCACAGCAAGGAGCAGGCCCAGAGUUUUUCAACAAACACAAGUGGGAUCUGGAGACGCGUCUUGGUGCCCUCCCAGCUCUCCUGAUCUACCUGGAGCGUAACAGUGUCCUCUCUCGUCUGGAGAGGGAACAGGUGGAGAGCAAGUCGACCAGCCAAGAGAAGAACCAUAUCCUCAUAAGCAUGAUGGAGAGGAAAGGAGCCAUGGCCCAAGAUAAAUUCUACCAGGCUCUCCAGGCUCAUGAAGCAUAUCUGGUGCAGGAUCUUCAGCGAUCAGCUAUGUAGAUCUUCUGCUCUUCAGGCUCAUGACCCUCAUCUGGUGCAGGAUCUUUAGUAUUCAGCAUACUAUAGUAUAGAUCUUCUGCUAUGCCUUUUUUAAAACAUAGAGAAAAUUGAGUUUUAAACCGGAUUGUUUGGCUUGUUCCCAGGAGAACCGAUUCUGGUUCUACACAGGUCUCGUAAAUUCUUCAUUAUAAGGCUAUGCAAGUAAUUAACAAUGUGUUAAUUAAAAUGUGCUUCCUUAAAAUGGGAGAGAACUAGAUGCACCGCAUAGCGGUACACAAUAUGACUGCUGCUCAGUUCUGCACAUUCUCUCCAGAAAAAUAAAUGACGCUUGUCAACUUUACUGUA